AUGCCACUAAUCAACCAAGAAAUUAUAGUUUUCAGGGAUAACCUGGAUUGCUCAGGAGCAUUAGAUCCUUCACAGGUUGCCGGUAAAAUUGUUAUGUGUUUUGCGGAUGAUGCAUCAGAAGGAAAUACAGCGGCUCUAAUUCAAAACGCUGGUGGCAUUGGAAUGCUUUCAUUACAAAGAGGGGAAAUAGGGGGAUUUGUAUCCCUUAAACCGUAUCCCAUUCCAACAGCUCAAAUCAGUCUGGAGUCUGCCAAAAAGAUCAUAGCCUAUAUGGGUGAAACAUCAACAGCCGGAGGAAAAUCCACCGCUACAUUAAGAUUCAAAGAAACUGUCGGUUCUUCGGUGCCAGCUCCUAAAGUUGCAGUCUUUUCUAGCCGCGGUCCUAACAGAAUAACUCCAGAGAUUCUCAAGCCAGAUAUCAUUGCACCGGGUGUAAAUAUACUUGCUGGUUGGCCUAGUGGAGGGUUUAAUAUGCAGUCCGGUACAUCCAUGGCAUGCCCUCACGUCAGCGGACUGGCUGCGCUGCUUCGAAGUGCUUAUCCUAAUUGGUCUCCAGCUGCAAUCAAAUCUGCUCUAAUGACUACUGCUUAUGAAGUUGACAACUCAGACCCGAACCGUGCUCUAAAUCCAGGUUUGGUGUAUGACAUUGCUCCUAGUGGUUAUGAAGCAUUCCUUUGCUCAAUUGGGUACGAUGAUGCUAAGAUCUCAGUUUUUGUCACGGGUAGAACGGUGGAUUGCGGGGCAAUCGGGUUAUCUAGCCCUGGUGAUCUAAACUAUCCUUCAUUUUCUGUUGUUUUAAAAUCUGGAACCGAUACUGUCAAGUACAAGAGAGUGGUUACAAAUGUUGGAAGUUCUGCGGCUGCAGUUUACAAACUUAAAGCUCGAUCUCGAACACCACUUGUUAGAAUCAGUGUUACCCCAACAGUGCUUGUCUUUGAUUCAAGCAAAACGAGCUUGUCAUAUGAAGUCACAUUCAAGUCGCUUAUAACAGGUCCUGUGGACACCACCAAAGAGGAAUUCGGUUCGAUUGAGUGGUCUGAUGGAGCACAUGUUGUGAAGAGUCCCAUUGCGUUUAGAUGGGCUACUAGUACUACCAGCUCAAUUUCAUCUAUUUGA